AAGGCAAGGGCGGAAAUGUCUUUCGGAAUUGUACACGGGAGCUUGGGCCUCCACGGGCUUCAGCCACGUGUGGCGAGGGCGAGCUUUCCGAAGCUCCGACGUCGAUAUUUCGACGCGAGCUGCGUGACGACAAUUUUGUCUCUUCGGACUGAUUUAGCGGCUCAAUUUGGGGUAGCUUUGGGGUUAUCUCGAUUUGAUCAGCCGGCUGGAACUUCCUUGCCUACUCGCACGGCUCGCGCUUUCCUUCUGUAGCUUUGCCAGCCCCAGCGCAGAGAUAUUCGCCCUCCAUCUUCUCCCCACGUCCACCGCCGCCGUCAUGCCGCCGCCGAAGACAAUCUUCACCUCUUACGAGCGCAAUUCGCUGAAAUCGGUCUGGGGCUCGCAGUCCACCCGCCUAACGCGCGACUCCUUCCUCCCCUUCGGAAGCUGCCAGCUAUGCCUCCUCCACGCCGUCGAUCCCGUGGCCUGCCCCUCCGGCGACUUAUUCUGCCGCGAGUGCGCAAUGACAAAUCUGCUUGCGCAACGAAAAGAGAUUAAGCGGUUAGAGAAGGUGGCAGAGCGGCGGCGAGAAGAAGAGGCAGAGCAGCGGGCUCGGGAGGAAGAGGAGGCCCGGCAGAGGGCAGUUGCAGAGUUCGAGGCCGUACAAAUGGGGCUUGAGGUCAAGGUUGGCGCCGGCGGCAGGGUCGUCGGGAGAGAGGGCGGGAAGAUUGUGGUGGAGAAAGAGGAAGAGGCCAAGGCGGGCGAGGCGAGGGGCAAGAAGAGGAAGUUUGAGAUCGACGAGGACGAACUCAAGCGGAUAGCAACCGAAGAGCGCAGUCGAGCAAAGCUCGCGCUGGACGAGGAGCGGAAAGCGGCGAAAGGCCACCUGCCGAGCUUCUGGGUGCCGGGAGAAACGCCGGAUCAGAACUAUAAGCACGCAGACAAGAUCAAGCAGAAUCCCACGUGCCCGUCAAGCGAUCCAGAGAAUCCGCAUUCGCUGUCCCUAAAGACUCUCGUUACCGUCAACUUCAACAAGGAGAAAUCAGCUGAGACGGGGAAGACACUGCCCACAUGUCCAAGCUGCCAGAGAGCGCUCUCGAACUCGACAAAAGCCAUGCUCGCGAUACCCUGUGGCCAUGUGCUCUGCAAGCCUUGCGUGGAGAAAUUCCUAAAGCCAGAGCACAGACACCAUCGGGAUGCACAUGACGACGCCCCGGAGCCGGAAACGGUGCAUUGCUAUGUCUGCGAUGCGGAUCUGACGACUGCGCCUGAGCCUAAGGAGAAGGGCAAGGAGGGAAAGAAACAUAAGAGGGAUGCAGAGAAGGGCCUAAAGCCGGGACUGGUGGAGAUGCGGAGCGAAGGCACCGGGUUCGCGGGUGGUGGGAAGGCCAUGGUUAAGAGGGAGGGCGUAGCGUUCCAGGUGUAGCGUGUGGCUCUGCUGCUGGGAGGAGAUACAAUGAUACCCUUUUAAUAUGCCAUAGCCAUGAUGGCGUCUCCCCUUUCACGAAGCUAAGACGCGAGAAUACUA